ACAAUCAUCAUAUAUAUACAUAAUAAACAUUUAUGAAAGAAUAGAAAAUUUAAAUAAUAAGAAAACUUAAUAAAAGUUACAAGCUGAAUAAAUCGAAUUACCCGCCUCGAUGUUGGCAACGCCCGCGACGGGUCGCCCCGAUCGGAUGCUGAGUUGCCGAUGAUCGCGCGCUUAUUUAUCGCACGACAUUUCAAUCCGACGGACUUUUAUCCGCGAUAACGGCGUAUUAUAAACGCCGACGGAUUAUCUCGCCGACUGGCGGUCGCGUCCGCGCGCCUUUGCUCGCGCGGAGAUCCGCGUACCGCCCCCUCAGUACGUUAUGGAAUGCGCGACGGGUAGCUACCGUGUUACGCGGCUCCGCACGAUGCCCGGCCGAGAAUGCACGCUAACAGACCGGAAUACCGUGCGACGCGGCCGUGGACUUGACGUCUCGCCGCCCGACAUCGGUCACGGUGCGCACGUCGACCGUUGGUCGCCCACACCGUUCCCCGAUCGCACGAGCUCCCGUAUUUUUCGUCGCCGUCGGUAGCACGUCGUAUACGUGGCAACAGCGUGUUUGGCUGCUGGUGUGUGCUGCCCGUGCGAACGUAGUGUGUGCGCGCUGCUCUGUCAUUUCUCGUAGUCGAGAGGAAUUUCGUCGGCUUUCGGUAGCGGACUGGCCCCGAUUGAGUAACGUUACACCCGCCGUUGUCGUCCGCUCUCCAAGAUCAUCGCCGAACGGGACGAGGCCCCACUCGACGACGUCGGAUCCCACCUCGGAUCACGUCUAGCAACGACAACGCUCUCGCUUCAUCAGCGUUGCAUCCGCUCGUCAUCCCGCGAUUUUCAUACCCACCGACCUGUGUUGAAGUUGACUCGCUCCGAAUUUCGUUCCGAUUCUGACCUGAUCGGCAAGAGCGUGCUUUCGAGCCUAUAGCAUUAUAGCCUUCGCCGAAGAAUGCAUACGUGAACGCGCGAAUGCGGAAAUCAUUUACUUGUACGUCGCAUUGGAACUAGGAAACGUUCUUGUUUGUAUCCCCCAGUGUGGAUAGCCUCGGUGGGAAUUAAAUGCUGUAUUUCCGAUGGCCUUACAUACCUGGUAACUGCAAUGGGCUGACGCAGAAUGCGAUUUGUUUAUCGUUCCUCAGAUACUCCUCUCUCUGCGGCGUCAUUCACAUGAGAGAGUUAACUUGAUGAAAGAGUUAAUGGUGCUUCCGCACAUUAUCAUCCUUAUCUUUCUGUUGAUAUAAUGGAGGAACCGGUUAAGAAGAAGCAGCGUAUUGAGAAUUGUGAAGAUGCCAAGAACAGGCUUGCUGAAAUUGAACAACUGCAAAGUAGCCUGCUUACGCGAUGUUUGUGCUACAUGUCAGAGAGCAGUUUGCGCAAACCAUUUAUCAAUACCACGGUGGAGGAAGCCGACGGCAGUAUCCGUUCCGCCGUUCUGUCCGAGUGGCAUACGGAUCAGAUCCUGGAAUUUCUGAGCGCUCUGCAGUUGCUGUUCGACUUGGCGAUCAAGCAAAAUAUGCGAGGUGUGAUGUGUAAGAGAGUGACGGACGUUUGCGACGCGCUGGCGCGAAACGAGCAUGGCAUUAUCGAUCAAAUCAUCGAUCUGUCUUAUACGUCCAACAAAUUCGUAUCGUUCGCCGGGAGUCGCGUGCUCGCAUCGUUUUUCAUCCUCACGAGGGAUAACGUGGAGAUUACCUGGUUGGAGAGGCUCAUGCAAUCUCUAGUGAACACGCACUCGCCUAGCCAAAUGCUCUUCACCCUGGACGUGGUCAAGAGGGUAGUCGAGCACAAGGACUGCAGUAUACAUCCACUGGAGGAUGCAGAUGCGUCCGUGUCACCAGCUGGCUGCAACACGCACAUCAUCUCCGAUACUGAGAGCUUUGACAGCACGGCGAUCAAGGCGAUGUGCGUGAAGGCAUUGGAAUCCAAGUGGACCAUCCUCGUAUCCAAGUUCAAAAUCAUUCUCAGGACUUAUACGCCGCAACACGCGUCUGUCGUCAUCACGUUCCUGCAUCUGUGGGAGACCAUCAUCUCUGUCAAGGCUAAUCUAUCCAUCAUUGAUACCAAGCCCUUCUAUUCUAAGCUGAACGAUCUCGUGUGGUUGCUCAACAGCAAUCUGCCGGGCGUGAUCUGGCGACAUCUGCUCGGUCUGUUCAAUGAGGUGCUGUGCUACGGUAGCACGUUAGCGCUGCAAGAUGUACUGCCGGACGAACCAUGUUCCUUGGCGACCCUGAUCGUGCGCGUCGUCAAGGAUCAUCGGUUGCUCGACGCGUUACCGUAUCGUCAUGGUUCAGGCAACUUCGGUGGCGGCACCGCUGACGGUGAUCGUCCGCUGUUGCAGAAGAUGGUUUUGCUGGUAUUGAAAAGCGCCGCCGUAACAGUGCGGGAAACGCGCAGUGAUUCCAGUGACUCGUCUCUGGGCUCCGAAGCCGAAGAUCUCGACGAGGAUAUGGCGGUAAUUGACAGGAGCAUUCGCGAAGUGCUGCGCCAGCUGGACCAAUGCGUAAAGGCGCUGAUGCCUUUCCAUCCGGAGAUGCCGCUGUCUCAGUGGGUCGUGCAGAUGUUUCACGAUCAAGACGAUUUUCUGAUCGAGGGUAUGGUCUGUUGCCUGGACGUCGCCGUGGGCCUUUUCUAUCGCGGAUCACCGCAGAACGGUCCGGUAUCGAGACCGGUGCUCAGUCCUCUCAGACCCACGCUAACUUUUGUGCAAUUUAUCCACGUCGUAUCACACGAUCCGGAUGUGUUGCUAGAUCUACUGGUUAGCAACGAGACCUGCUUUCUGCUGUACCUGUUGCGAUUCCUUAAGUACAUCAGACGCAAUUGGGGCGAGUUCGUCGAGUGCUGCGGUCGCGAGCUGGACGAUACUAUGACGGUACUGAUAAGACUACGGUUGGCUAUCGAUCGAUUGGUAUCCAAGGCGUUAUUCCCGUACAACAUUAGUCCGGUUCUCCGUCUACUCGAGAAAUGCGAGUCCUUCUACGAGGGUAACGUGGAGAACGGUAACGCGUCCGUCAUGUAAGAUAGACGAGAGAUUCGAUUAACCGCCAGGUCGAUCAAACAUGUACAAAUUGUACGAAUCUCUUUCCGAACGUUAGUUAGAUUUUGUCAUCUGUAAAAUAUCGCGUGUAACUAUACAGAUCGCUGCAUUUCGUCUCAUAAUAAAAAAGCGACUGAUUUGACUCGCCGUCAAUCUUUGAAGUCUUAGAGAAGAUCAGAAAGACGAGCGCGUUUCUAUUUAUUAGUCCUUAGCGAAAUUUUCGAACGUAGCUAAAAUUGCGAGACGGAGGUACUUUCGUCUGUUCACGAAUCAGUGAAGUUUUGAGAGGAGUCACGUAAUCAUAGAUCCAAUCGGACUAAUACAAAAAAGGAAGUUAACAAAAUUCGUAUUCAUCAUCUCAAAAUGAAACUGGAUUUGUGUGGUGCUAAUGAAGUACACCUCUGCCAAAACACCACUGCGAAGACUCACGUUGAUGUAUACCACUAGAAUAAUAUUUAUAUGUACACUUCGAACUAUUUGUACAGUUUGCCAGUCACAUCUGUAAAUGUAAUUUUUAUUAUCGUAUUUCGGUAAUGAUACCUGAGAAAUAUGUACAUAUCUCGUAAUCACGUCUUUGCCAACUUUGUAAUACAAAUCUUAUUGAAUAAAAUUUGAUUUCUUUUUUGUCAAAUUUCGAAGAAAUUAAAAAAAAAAGAAGAAUGCAAUUUAUACAAUAUUAAAUAUAAGAAAGGAAAUCUUAUAAUUAAUAUAUUAUAUAAAGUAUAACGCACAACAAAUAGGAUAUAAGCAUAAUACACAGAAUGUGUUAUAUUGUUGUAAGAUCAUGUCUCGUGUAGCUAUAUGAAAAUUACAUUUUGCAGCUUCUAAAUCUAAACUGAUCAAAAAAUCACGAGAGCAUUAUACAAUUCGUAAAAUUUAAUUGGCAAACAUUUGAUGAUAUUAAGAAUAGUCUUCGUUAGCAAUUACUUUAUUGCAGAUGAGAAACUAAUUUUUUUUGACGCUAUUAGGUCAACUUCUUUUAAAUGGAAGAAAAGAACGGAGAAAUUAUCAGAAAUUGUUUUCUAGAUUCCUGAUAAACCAAUAAUUGUGUGUAAAUAUAGUAAAUAUAUUAACAACGAUUAACGCGCGUGGCGUAUUCAGAUAAUAUUUCUCAAGGAUUACAUGUAAUACACUAAAAUUCUCGUGUUUUUACUUUUAUAAUUAUGAUGUCGUUUAAUUCAAUUUCCUCCCGACUGAGUAUAUGACUUAUUCUCAAGACAUUGUAUGUGUGCGACAUCGUUUUAUAGAUGUAAAAGGUUUCUUUUCUAACUAAAAAUUUAUUAUUAUCUUUCAACGCAAAUUGAAUACAAUUGUAAACUAUCGAGACUUGCGAUUAUAAUAUAGUCACUGAUGCCCCGCGAUUAAUCAUGCAAAUAAUGUUUGAUACAUUAAUUAGAGCGAUGUAACGCGCUUGUCUUAUCGGGACAAACCGUUCGGAUUUUUAGAAAGACCAGAUAUAGAAUUUAAGUUUGUAAUAUUAGCGUUUUUUGGCGUAUCUCCAUUAUAAAAUUACGCUACUCUCUAUUUAGAAUUUGCAAAUAUAGCUCUAAUUAUUUAAACAUGCUCGAUCAAAGUACGAUCGAGAAAUUUUGUGUGUCGAGAUAUGGAUAAUUUUCAAAAACACAAUAUUUUUUUUACUAAAUAUUUAUAUUUGCAUAUUAAAUCAUUAUUUAUAUAUUUCUGUACUUCGUCAAUAAAUCACUAUUUCACAGCAUUUUAUUUUUUUCACAUUUAAAACGAAAACUUAGCGGUACCAUAUUGUUAAGCUUCCCUCCUUUUUAUAUAAAUUAAAUAUUUAUUUGCGUUUCUCCUUGAUUCGCAAAAUGUGUUGCUUUGCUCCAAGUCUGUUAAAAUCAUUUAUCAUAUCUUUUUAUAAACUGACUGAUGUACGAAACUACACGCGAGACUGUACAUACAUAUCUGUAAACAGUGGUAUUCAGCGAAACAGGAAAUAUCCAACUGCUUUGUAACUGUAGCAGAAGUUAAUUUAACAAGCUCUACUAAAUCAACAACAGAAUCUAAGUUACAUAGCCCAUUGUUAGCGGCGAGUUCAAAAGUGUGUUUUUUCUCUUCUUCUUUUCGCCGAUUUAUUCGUUGCUAUACAUGUUACCAGAUUAUUAAUACAAUAAACCGCUAAUUGUCCGUAGC